GGGAAAAGGAAGGUUCCUUUCCGAGUUAGCAACAUGUAAAUACAGGAUCAGUGGGUGGGAUUGAGGUGCGUCUCGGUGCAUAAAUAGAGGCUGGAGCUGCACCUGCACACUAAGAAGCUUGGACUGACCUGGCUGGCUGCCUCACACAGGCAGGUGGGUGGGGAAAUACAGAUUUGCCAUGGAGAGAAUUUCAGUGUCAGCCCUCCUGCUCCUUGUGGCCCUCUCCUACACUCUGGCCAAAGAUACCACAGUCAAACCUGGAGCUAAAAAGGACUCAAAGGAUCCUCAACCCAAACUGCCCCAGACCCUGUCCAGAGGCUGGGGUGAUCAACUCAUCUGGACUCAGACAUAUGAAGAAGCUUUAUACAAAUCCAAGACAAGCAACAAACCCUUGAUGAUCAUUCACCACUUGGAUGAAUGCCCACACAGUCAAGCUUUAAAGAAAGUGUUUGCUGAGAAUAAAGAUAUCCAGAAAUUGGCAGAGCAGUUCGUCCUCCUCAAUCUAGUGUAUGAAACAACUGACAAGCAUCUGUCUCCCGAUGGCCAGUAUGUCCCCAGGAUAAUGUUUGUUGACCCGUCCCUGACAGUGAGAGCCGACAUCACCGGCAGAUAUACAAAUCGUCUCUAUGCUUAUGAACCUUCAGAUACAGCUUUACUGCUCGACAACAUGAGGAAAGCUCUCAAGUUGCUGAAAACUGAAUUGUAAAGAAAAAAAACAAAAUCUGGAAGCUCUUCCCUCUGUGUUAGACCUUGAGACUUGGAACCUGAAGAGAUUUCAGAAGACUGGAGAACACAGAAGCUUAGCUGACACACUGAUCAGAUUAUGGUCUAAUGUUACAAUAGCUAUUUUUUUAAUUGGUUUCAAGUAUUCAUACAUAAAAACAAUAUUGUAUACUACCAUCGUGAGCCAUGAUUUUCUAAAAAAUAAAUCCUUUUGGGGGUAUUCUAACUAAA